AUGAUUUACUCUAUUUGGAAUGUCAGGGGCCUGAAUGACCCUGGAAAAGUUGCCUCUGUAAAGAGGUUGCUUCAUUCUCAUUCAGUUGAUGUUGUUAGUUUGCUUGAAACAAAAAUCAAAUUGAAAAAUUUUCUCACUUAUCAGAGGAAGCUUGGCUCUUCUUGGCUUUGGUUGUGUAAUUAUGACCAUUCUCCCAAAGGGAGGAUUUGGCUUGGUUGGAAUACAGAUAGAGUAACUGUUAAUGUCUUGAAGGUUCAUGAACAGUUCAUUCAUUGUAGUGUUUCUUUUAAGGACCUCUCUACUCAAAUUCAUCUUACUGUUGUUUAUGGGCUUCACUCCAUUCAUGAUAGGCUUCCUUUGUGGGAAGGUCUUAGAAGCAUCUCUAUUCAGCAUUCUCCUUGGCUUUGUGCUGGUGACUAUAACUCUGUCCUUCAUACUUCAGAUAGGCUUCAUGGUACUGAUGUUACUAAUUAUGAGACUAGAGAUUUUCAGAGUCUGGUUGAUGAUUUGGACCUCACUGAGAUUAAGAGCAAAGGAGCCUUCUACUCUUGGUCAAAUAAGGCUCACACUGGUCCUAGAACUCUUCCUAGGAUUGAUAGAGUCUUUGGUAACCAAGCUUGGCUGGCCUCUCAUGGGCAUGUUGAGACUGUCUAUCUCCCCCCUUCUUUAUCUGAUCAUAGUCCAGUUCUGUUGGAUGUAUGUUCUGCCUCUGUUGGGAGAGAACUUAAUGGCUCAGAAUCCGAUGAUUUGGAUCUUUAUGCUAAAGAAUCUGAUGCUAUUAAGAGUAGACAAGCAAGGAAUAGAAUUGACUCCAUUUUUUAUUCUAAUCAAGUGUUGCUCAAGGAUCCGGAUGCUAUUUCUCAUGAAAUUAUCUCCUUCUAUAAGUCUCUUUUAGGGACUCAGGCUCCUUGGCUCCCUGCUGUUGACCUGGUCACUAUAAGGAGGGGUAAGCAGCUUAGCUUUGCUGCUCAGAGCUAUCUCAUUAGGCCUAUUUCUUAUGAUGAAAUUGAUGAUGCCCUUAAGGGAAUUGAUAACACUAAAGCUCCUGGUAUUGAUGGCUUUAAUUCCCUUUUCUUUAAGAGAGCUUGGCAUAUUGUGAAAGAUGAUAUUUAUACUAGUGUUAUUGAUUUUUUCACUAAAGGGACCUUGCCUAAGCAAUGGAAUUGUACAACUAUCACUCUUGUUCCUAAAAUCCCUAAUGCUUCUCAUGUUAAGGAUUUUAGAUUUAUAGCUUGUUGUAUUGUGGUUUAUAAGCUCAUUUCUAAAAUCAUAACUGCUAGACUUGCUGCUAUCAUUGGUGAGGUGAUUGAUGAUGCUCAGGCAGGGUUCAUUCCAGGCAAGCACAUUGGUGACAAUAUCAUUCUUACAACUGAAUUGAUCAAAGUCUAUGAUCACAAAUUUAUCUCUCCUAGGUGCAUGAUUAAGGUGGAUUUGAAAAAAGCCUAUGAUUCAGUUGAGUGGGGAUUCUUGGUCACUGUUAUGCAGGAGCUUGGUUUCCCUCAGAAAUUUGUUAGCUGGAUCUGGACUUGUCUUACUUCUGUCUUCUAUUCUAUUCUUAUUAAUGGUUUUCCUGCUCCUCCCUUUGAAGCUAAGAAAGGCCUAAGGCAAGGUGACCCUAUGUCUCCCUUUCUUUUUGCUAUUGGUAUGGAAUACCUCUCCAGAUGCCUUGAUGAGCUUAGGUUAACUCCUGAUUUCAACUUUCAUCCUAGAUGUGAAAAGUUAAACCUAACUCACAUGAUGUUUGCUGAUGAUCUUUUAAUGUUCUCUAGAGCUGAUAGUGUUUCUGUUAAGCUCCUCUUCCAAGCCUUCUUAAAAUUCUCAGGUGCCUCUGGACUUUCUGCUAAUCUUGAUAAAAGUGAAGUCUAUUUUGGAGGAGUUCCUAUUGAUGUUCAGACAGAGCUGAGGGAGCUUCUUGGUGUUUCUCAAGGUACUAUCCCUUUUAGGUAUCUUGGGGUCCCUCUCUCUUCCAAGAAGCUUACUAUUUCUCAGUGUAGGCCUUUAGUGGAGAAGGUGACUGCUAGAAUCCAAGGGUGGAUGGCUAAACACUUGUCUUAUGCUGGGAGGCUUCAGUUGGUGAAGAGUGUGUUGUUUGGUAUUCAGACAUAUUGGGCUCAAAUUUUCAUCUUACCAAAGAAAAUUUUGAAAGUGGCCGAGGCUAGAUUCAGAUGCUUUCUUUGGACUGGUUCCUCUGCCCCAGCUAAAAAAUCUUUGGUGGCUUGGAAUAAUGUAUGUCUCCCUAAAGUUUGUGGUGGCUGGAACUUGCUUUCUCUUCCUGAAUGGAAUAAAGCAGCUGUCACUAAGUUACUUUGGGAUAUUGCUCACAAGGCUGAUAAUCUUUGGGUUAAGUGGGUCCAUAUCUAUUACUUCAAGCAUAGAGAUUGUUGGACCACCCCUACCCCUGCUAAAUGUUCUUGGUUCUUGAAGAAGAUUUUGAGCUGUAGAGAUGUUGUGAAUGAUCAAGGGGGAUGGAAUGGUUUCAUGCAGGGCAACAAAGUGAAAAUCAAGAAGCUUUAUGCUACCAUUAGACCUCAAGUCCCUAAGAGGAAUGCAAUCUUGUUUACUGGGUGCUGCAAAUAUGUUGAUGCCCUUGUUAGGGAUAUUGUCUUUCAUUUAGUCUGCUACUGCCGCUUUUCUGCUGCUAUUGCCCUGCUGCCUUGCUGCUUUGCUGCUGUUGGUGCACUAUUGUGCUGCUGCUGUUCAGCUGUUGUUGUUGUUGCUGUUUGCCUACUGUUAAGCUGCUGUGAUAGUCAGCAGCUGUUGUUUGCGGUUGUUGUUCUGGUUUCAGCUAGAGCUGCUGUUUUGGUUUUGGUUGCUGCUGUUUUGAUGGCAGCUGGUCUGGUGUUUGCUAGGUGCUGCUAUUCUGGGUGUGGCAGAGGUUACAAGCUUGUAGAUUUUCUUGUAGAUGCCUUGUCUCUAAUAGAAAACCUUUGUUUGUUUAGGCUUUUGUUGUUUGCCUUGUAG